CGCAGGGCGUGAUUCACACACAUCAUCCAACUCUUUAGCGUCAGCGCCACUCUUUGUCCAAUACAAUGCAACAAAUGGAAGUGGACUCAACCCCAAUGACUCCUACAGAAUAUAUGGAGGAGGAUAGAUCUCCAGUACCCGAUUCCACUGCCAUGGAUGUUUCCGAAGUCGACCAGAACGAUGACGAUGACCUUUCGUCGGUAGCCGCGCUGAUUGACCAGCUUAAGCACGACGAUGUGCAAUAUCGAGUCAAUGCCUGCAAAAAGUUGACUGUUAUUGCCGCGGCCCUUGGUCCUGAAAGAGCAAGAGACGAAUUGAUCCCUUUCUUGGAUGACUCGAUCGAUGAUGAAGAUGAAGUCUUGCUCGCUUUAGCGGAAGAAUUGCCCAACCUUAGCCCUUACUUGGGUGGCUCAGAGUAUCUGCCUCGCCUUUUAGUACCUUUGGAGAGUUUAGCUGCUAUCGAAGACGCGACAGUUAGAGAUAAGGCUGUCAGCUCCUUGAGACAAAUUGCUACUCAAAUGGAAGAUAGCCAACGAAAUAAUGAUUUCGCACCUCUUGUCAAGCGCCUUGCUCAAGGUGAAUGGUUCACAAGCCGUGCUUCAGCAGCUGGCUUAUUUGCAGUUUGUUAUAGCGCUUUUGAUGCCCAAAAGCAAGAAGAAUGGAGAAACAUGUUUGCUCAACUUGUACACGACGAGACGCCAAUGGUCAGAAGAUCAACUACCAAGGCCCUAGAGACACUUUCCAGUGUUGUAUCGGAGGAACAUUUAGAAACAUUCGUUCUUUCGCUGUUUAACGAGCUCGCAAGUGAUGACCAAGACUCUGUUCGACUAUUGACUAUUGAAAUUCUCAUCGCCAUUGCAAACCGAUUUGAUGCGCAAAAGAAUCGCGAAACUUUGUUGGAGCCACUCAAGUCUCUUGCUCGUGACAAGGCAUGGAGAGUCCGCUAUAUGGUGGCUUCAAAGUUCGUAGAGGUUUGCGACGCCAUCGGAGAAGACACUGUUCGUGCAGAGUUGGUUUCAACCUUUGUUGAUUUGUUGAAGGAUAGCGAGGGAGAAGUCAGAACUGCUGCCGCAGGAGAGGUUCCUGGUUUUGCCAAGUUCGCAGACAAGCAGACCAUUUUGGAAAGCUUCUUACCUUGCAUUCGUGAGUUGGUAGAGGACGGUAACCAACACGUCAGAGCUGCUCUUGCUCUACAUAUCAGCGGCCUCUCGCCAAUUCUUGGAAAGGAAGAUACUAUCGAACAUUUGCUUCCUCUAUUUUUGCAGUUGCUGAAGGACGAAUUCCCUGAUGUUAGAUUGAAUGUCAUUGCUAAUUUGGAGCAAAUCAACAAAGUCAUCGGAAUCGACCUUCUUUCACAAUCCCUGCUACCAGCCAUUACCGAACUCGCUGAAGACAGACAGUGGCGUGUGCGUCUCGCUAUAAUUGAAUAUAUUCCUCUGCUGGCCUCGCCGCUUGGUGUAGAGUUCUUUGACGAAAAGUUGCUCAACCUUUGUAUGUCGUGGCUCGGCGACGCUGUCUACUCAAUUCGAGAGGCAGCCACUAUCAACUUGAAGAAGUUGACAGAAGUAUUUGGAGCAGAAUGGGCAAAGGAUACUGUCAUUACGCAGAUCAUCAAAAUGGCUGACAAUGAAAAUUAUCUGUACAGAAUGACAACCAUUUUCACCUUGACUACAAUGACGGAUGCUCUUUCACCUAGCAUCAUUAAGGACUAUGUGUUGCCUACGGUCAUCAGUCUCUCUGAGGACCCUAUACCAAAUAUACGUUUCAAUGUGGCAAAGGCUCUUGAAACUCUCACUCCAUCAUUGAAACAGGAUGCCAAUACUGCUGAUCUUAUCGAAAGUACUGUGGUACCUUCGCUACAAAAACUUACUAAUGACAAGGAUGGGGAUGUGCGAUUCUUUGCCAGCAGAGCUUUGCUAGAUGCGAAAGGUCAAAAGCCAUCACUCUGAUGGAGUUAUUUUGUUUGAUACAUUUUGAUUUGUGUCCCUUCUAGCAUUGUGUUCUUUCUUUUUUUUCGCUUUCGUUUUGUUUAAACAUCAAUUUCUCAAAGAAAAUGGAUCAGCAACUUUGGCGAUGAUUAGCUUUGUAAUAAAAAUUUUAUCUAUGCUAGCUUUU